UUGCGGAUCAGCAGCUCCGUAGAUUUCUGGUAGCGACGGAACUCUCUCAGAGCCUCGGUCCCGGGCCUGUAACGGUCCCGAGCUGGUAGCGGUGAGGCUCCUUCACGCCGCCGGGGGCCCGGGCGCUCUUACGGCAGCCCUAGUCUCCAGCUGCUUCCUGGGGGCUUUGCCGCCGGUGGAUUUACGAGAGAGUGAAUAAACUCGAGAAGUACCGUCAUGUAAUCCACUGAUUUCAACAAUGUAACUGUAUUCUGAAUACCAUCUAUUUAAUUUGUAACUGUAACGGAAUACAGUUACUCAUAAUUUGUAUUCUAAAUACGUAACGCUGUUACAUGUAUUCCGUUACUCCCCAACACUGCUGGUACAUGCUUUACUAAGUUCUUCCUCUGGCUCUGAAGCUGCAUGACUGACGAGCUGCAUUCUCCCGUCAGCUGAUCUCUUCUCCUCACGUCUGCGCUCAGGCUGCUGUGCACAGCUGUGACGGGCAGGGGGCGCCUCACCUGGGAUACCUCUGAAACUGUGCACGCCGACCGCUGCAGGACUGAGUUUAGCCGGAGACGGGUGAUCGGUGGACGGGAGAGAGACUCCACUUGGCUCCAGCAUGGCUUCAGCCCUCUGCAGCCUGCGCCUGAGGGACUCGUUCUCCCGCCGCACGUCCUCGUACGUGUCGCCCGUCGCAUGACCCAGCAGCUUCUUCACCUGGCUGACUGCGAUCUGCACGGCCACCUCGAAAGCGGAGUGUAUGGCCGCGACCAGCUCCUCUUCCAGGGACAGAGCAGCCUCGUCUCCGGCCGCUUGUGUGGUGGGGGGUCGCGUCCUGAUCCCGGUCAGCUGCGGCUUCAUGGUGCAUUCAAAGACACAUCAGCUGGACCCAGAAAACACAGUCCCGGGCUGAUGAAGCUCCACAGAUCGUCUCUGUUGUGACUAUUCUCAAGAGACGCUGGCAGGAGUUCAGCUCACACACACACAGAUCGAGGUUUCACUUCCGCCUACAGCUUCUGACACCUACUGGUCCGCAGGGAGAACUGCAGCAUUUGAUCCAAAUAAAUACAAAAGACGAGUUAAAUUGAGAGACUUGCUUUUAUUGUGUUAACAUCACGUCCCCGAGACUCACACAAAAAGGUUCAAAUGACACAUUACAGCAAACACGUGGUUUUCACGGGUAAAGACGAUGCUUUCAAGGCUGCAUUCGUCACUUCCGUGUUUUGUAGUCCUCCAGGUUCGCCAGGACCCAACCAGAGGGCACCAUCACUGUCAGAGUCAUCACAGUCAGCACGAACAUAGACUCCUGAGGGACAGGCGUGGAAGAAACUUCAGCACUAAACAUUUAAAAACAAGUUGACUUUUAAAUGUACACAUAAGAAAAUGUCUAAGAAAACCAAGAGUUUCGGAUUUUAUAAACCUACCAGUGCACCGACUUUAUUUUUAGGCGGUUUGCUGUGGACGUAGGUCGCUUUUUGUUGAACCAUGACUCGUGCCCUCGGGAGAGAAGCCAGUCGAGGCCUGAGCAGUCCGACUGGCUCUAAGUUGUGAGCACCUGGACGCUGAUAUCGUUAAUGGAUUACUCUUUGAUGAUUCCCUUAUGUCGUCACGUGGCUCCACAGGCCACCGGUAGACCGGUCGGAAGUGGGUCGGCUCAGCAUUAGCGGCCAUGAAGGUUACAGUCUGCCUGCUGCUGCAGCAAUAAGGUCUGUCUGCCUGUACUGCAUUGUUGGAGUUGAUUUCACUCAAACUACUAAGGUUACCUGCCUGUCCCCCUCCUCAUAUUCUCCCCUGAAAUUAUCCUCCUCUUCCUUAUCUCACCACCUGGAAGCUCUCGCAACAUGGCAGAGGCCCCAGCGUUCAUUGACGAUGGUCUGCCUGUCCAGUGGAAUAAUUCCAUUCGAUCCAGCAGGAAGCUUGGAUGCUCCAAUAUCUUUUCGGGGGUCAACUUGCAUCAACUGCGCAGGCUGUUCAGAACAGCAGGAGACAGAGAUGCUAAGCAGCGGGCGAAGCUGGUGUGGCGUGGAGUGGCUGCAGAUAUAGAGGGAGCAGAGGAGAGGAGGGAGAGGGACGAGAGAGAGGACGAGGCAGGACUCGCCAGGGCCUUGGUGGGGCUCAGAGUCCGAACAAGGAAUAGAGCCGGCAUCAGAGUGGAAGGACACAGAGACCAAAAGCAGCCUAGAGCCUCAGGAUAUGUCAGGCCUGAGGAACUGUUAUCUGACUGCUCUGUCGAGGAUGAAGAGACUGCCUUGGCGCCAAGUCCGGAAAAAUUCCUGUUGGAUGCUGAGGAAGAUAUCCCAGAAAACCAAAAUCCCUUCAAACCUUCCUCAUGGAGGUUGGGUUCGGCCAGGCAGGACAGUGCCCAAGACUCUAAGCGAUACCUUCACCGCAUCCUCCACUAAAAGCUCCCUGGAGUUUGAAAUAACACACAAAGGUAGAAAAUGGGAUGGAGUUGUGAAUUAGGACUGAUUAUGUGUGAAAGUUAACAAUUUAUUCCUAACUUUAGACCCUUUCUGCUAACAUGUACUCUACAUAUUAUACCCCAGCACAAGCAGUCUGGUAAACCUCCUGUGGGAUUAGUCCAACGCUUAUAGUAGACCGAAUACAGGCAUGUUGGCUGCAGACAAGCACAAUCAACAUUAUUAAAUCAGUAGGGAACUAGAAUAGCACUCAGAAGUGUGCCGACCAACAUCCCCAUUCAUUUCAAUCAAGACGCACCAGAUUAACAUAAAUAUAGUUCCCUAAAUUUGCCUUGUUUUUUCACCAAGUCCCAUGAAUUAUUUUCUGGAAAAUUAGUGAUAACAUUAAAAAAAAGCUCCCUCUAAUAAUGCAAUGUUAAAGAAAGUGAUUACAAAUUCCUGGAUUGUUACUAAAAUGUAUUGGGUUCUUUCCUGAGCUGUAACACAUCCUUCAACAGUUUCAUUGUAAUGCCUACAGUAGUUUAAGCAAAGUUAAGUAAGGCAUCUAAACCACAAACUCCAUGUGGAGUAAGGAUACCAUCAUUCGUUUAAACCCUGCAAUAACUGAUCUUUUUAGCCUGUUGGGGAAAACAGAACCAAGUGGUGUACCCAAGCUGACAAGUUAAUAAGGAAACAUUUUUUAUUCUCUAAUGUAGCAGAUUGGGAUCAACAUUAGCAUUCCGUUGGAGUCAUGUUUCUGUCCACCUGGCGAAUGGGAGACAAAUGCUCACUCUCUUUCCGCUGAUAGAUCUCAACAAACCCCUAAAGAAAUAUUUGUCUCUUUAGCUAAUGAAGGCUCCACUUUAUUCACCAGCCACGGUAUGUGUGCAUAUGCGUGUGUGUGUUUGUCUGCCAAUCUGUGUUGACUUUGCCGUAGCUUUUUCCACUGAAAACCACUGCCUGCAGCGGCUGGAAACAAAGCUGAUGAGAGUUGUGAGAAAGAACCAAAAUAGUAAUGUAAAACCAAAACAAAUCAGCUGGAAGGAACUGCAGUCAGGUGAUAACCACCACAAGCAGCUCCGAUCACAAACACCUUCUGUAGUCACUUGAUCCAUCUGUAAUACAAUACCAUUGAUAAGAGCAGCUGUAAAAGGUGAUCGACUGUAAGAAUCAUUGAUAACAUAUCUAACAUUGUCUGCAGCUGUAAUGAUAAGCAGUAUACAAGAACAGUAAAGCACUUUAAGUCUGGCAAAAUUAA